CACCUCCCGUGCGCCCAUCCUCCCGUUUCGGGAUCCGCAAUACCCUCGCGGCACCCCCAUUUUCUCCCUGGGGCUCCCAGACCCCACUCAGGAGGAUCCCCAAAUCUCUCCGCAGACCCCCGGGUCCCUCCUUUCCCUGACUCCUCCAGGUGUCCCCGGCGACAGAGGGAGGGAGCAGAGCCCCCUCCACACGCACUUCAUGAGCUCUCCCGGUCUCAGCGGAGGGGAAGGGCUGAGAGUUGGGGGUACUGGGGAGGAGUUUCCAGGCUGUGCCCGCCCUCCCUCACCCCCUUUACUCCUCCGCAGGCCGCUCCCCCUUUUCCACCUCCUUCUCUCCUGGGGGGGCCCGGGGCGGCGGUGCCCCCCGACCUCGGCGCCAGAGGGACGACGGCUCUCGGGGCUCUGCUGCGCUGCUUCCCCUGCCAGCGGCUCUGCGGGGGAACCUCGCUGCCCCCCGGGGGCCCCCCAAGACCCCCGGGGGCCCUGCCGACCACCAUGGGACCUCCCCCUCGCCACCACCUGCCCCCCCGCACCUUCCGCAGCUACCUGCCCCGCUCCCACCGCACUUACAGCUGCAUCCACUGCCGAGCACACCUGGCCCGGCACGAGGAGCUCAUCUCCAAGGUGUCCCCAGUGUCCCCAUCCUUCCAGGGCAGUCACGGCCGUGCCUACCUCUUCAACUCUGUGGUGAACGUGGGCUGUGGCCCGGCCGAGCAGCGGCUGCUGCUGACAGGGCUGCACUCAGUGGCUGACAUCUUCUGCCAGAGCUGCAAGACCACCCUGGGCUGGAAAUACGAGCAGGCCUUCGAGAGCAGCCAGAAGUAUAAGGAGGGGAAGUUCAUCAUUGAGAUGUCACACAUGGUGAAGGAGAACGGCUGGGACUGAGGGGCCGGGGGACAAGGGGGGGGGGGCCUGGAAGCCCCCCACCUUGUUGCCUCCCCUGUGCCCUGAGGGAGGCUGUGCCCCCGAGGGGGUGGGGGCUGUCACCAGCACUGGGGGCUGUGGGGGCUUUUCUAAGGUAAUAAAGGCUUUUUUUUAUUA